AUGAACUUAGUCACCAACUUUGUGAGUGCAGACCUACUGGUAUAUUUUACAACAUGCGUUGUAUUUGUGUUCUAUCUGUUGAAUGGAUCAAAAAAAUCAGUAGUGAAGAUGCCUCCUGGACCCAGACCUCUUCCCCUUAUUGGUAACCUGAAUGUUGUGGAUCUGAAAAAGCCUUUCCAGUCUCUAAUGGAGUUGGCAGAAAAAUAUGGAGAUGUAUUUACUGUACAUUUUGGACCUAAGAAAAUGGUGGUGCUUGCUGGAUAUAAGACUGUAAAGGAUGCUCUUGUCACCCAAGCUGAUGACUUUGGAGAAAGGGCAGAUAUGCCAAUAUUUGCCAAAAUAACCAAAGGGAAUGGUAUUGUGUUCAGUCAUGGAGAUUCAUGGAGAAUAAUGAGAAGGUUCACACUCUCAACCCUACGAGAUUUUGGAAUGGGAAAGAAGACAGUUGAAAGCAGAAUCCAAGAUGAAUUAAAACCUCUUCUCAAAAAUUUCAAAUCACACAAUGGUAAACCAUUUGACCCCAAAAUCAUACUGAACAGCGCUGUGUCAAACGUAAUCUGCUCCAUCAUUUUUGGAAAAAGGUUUGAAUAUGAUGACCCAACAUUUCUCACUUUGAUCCAAGUAAUGAGUGAAAAUGCCAAACUGCUGGGCACCCCUAAGCUACUGCUGUAUAAUUUUUACCCAGUACUUGGAUCUAUUUUUGGAGCAGAUAAAAGGGUUAUCAGGAAUGUGGAUCUUCUGAAGAGUUUGCUGAUGAAAUAUAUCGAAGAGCACAGAGAGGAAUUUAAUGCAAAUAAUAUAACUGGGUAUAUUGAUGCUUUCCUUUUGAAGCAAGAGCAGGAAUUAUCAAACUCAGACACCUACUUUCAUGAUGAAAACUUGUUAUAUUCAGUUCUGGACCUUUUUGCAGCCGGAACUGAGACAUCAUCUACAACCCUACGAUGGGGAUUAUUACUAAUGAUGAAAUAUCCAGAUAUUCAAAAAAGAAUUCAAGAAGAAAUAAGGGCAUGUAUUAAACCUGGACAAUUGCCCACAGCAGAGGAUCGCAGGAGAAUGCCAUAUACUGACGCAGUAAUACAUGAAAUACAGAGAUUUGCUAAUAUUGUGCCACUGAACGUCUCUCACAUGACUGUGAAGGAUGUGUACUUCCGAGGGUUUUGUAUUCCAAAGGGCACUGAAGUCAUUCCAAUGCUCACUUCAGUUCUUUAUGACAAAACCCAGUGGGAAACACCAGAUAGAUUUAAUCCACAUCAUUUCCUGGAUGCUAAUGGGAAGUUUGCUAAACGGGAUGCAUUCAUGCCUUUCUCUACAGGAAGAAGAGCUUGUGUUGGAGAGAGUUUGGCCAAGAUGGAGCUCUUUUUAUUUUUCACUGGACUGCUUCAGAAGUUUACCUUCCGUCCACCAACAGGAAUUACAGAAGAUGACCUCAGCUUGAAAUCCGACAUUGGCUUCAUCUUAAAUCCUUUACCAUAUACGCUCUGUGCUAUUCCAAACUACUAG